AUGAAGUUCCUCAAGGUCGGCCGAGUGGCCAUCAUCUCCCGUGGACGAUACGCCGGAAAGAAGGUCGUGAUCGUUCAACCCCAGGACAACGGCAGCAAGAAGCACCCGUUUCCCCACGCUCUCGUCGCCGGUAUCGAGCGGUACCCUCAACAAAUCACCCGCCGCAUGGGCAAGGCCCGCGCAACAAAGCGCAGCAAGGUCAAGCCUUUCAUCAAGGUCGUGAACUACAACCACUUGAUGCCUACCCGCUACACAUUGGAACUCGAGGGACUGAAGGGUGUUGUAACGAAUGAGACAUUCACUGAGGUCACUCAGCGUGAGGAGGCAAAGAAGACUGUCAAGAAGGCGCUGGAGGAGAGAUAUUCGAGCGGAAAGAACCGAUGGUUCUUCACUCCUUUACGUGAGUUCAGAUGGCGGGAGUGGGAUAUGAGUGCGACCAUGAGGAGACACUGA